AUUUCUUUGGAGAAGUCUUCCAUGUCUUCUUUCAGUUUCCAAAAUCUGUCAUUAACUCUUCAGCUGAGGAGUUGCAUAAGAAUCUCUUGAGAAAAAGUUGCAAGAUGUCCACACAUUAUAGACUAAAAAAUAUGUCAUAUAUUUGAACUCAAACAGACCUGUAAAUGUACUUCACUGCACCUUUAAUGAUUAAUAUAAGUCAAAAUUUGCUAAAUUUACUAACUUUGUGUUGUCUUGUAGGGCCGUUGACCUGUCACUGAUGGGAUCUCAUCAUCUUUUGUUGCCUCAUCUUCCUUAAAGCCUCCAUGGAGCUCAUCCAGGCCACCCAGGUGCCCCAGGAAGCCCCUACAGCUACCUGGAGUAAUAACUCCAUUCCCCCGUACUCCCAUUUCCUGCUCCUCUCCACUCCUUCUGAAUCGCUCCUCGGCUCUACCUCCACCGACGGCUCUUUCCUCUUAAACAACACUUGCCAGAACUGCACCAAACCAGAACCUGGACCCCUCCCCGGCUUGGCUGGAAUCUUCAUCCCUCUCAUCUACGGUAUAGUGUGUGUUGUCGGCCUCAUAGGGAACACGCUGGUCAUCCACGUCAUUGUGAACUACACCAAGAAUGAGUCAGUCACCAACAUAUACAUCCUGAACUUAGCUAUUGCUGACGAGCUCUUCAUGUUGGGGCUGCCCUUCCUGGCGGUGCAGAACGCUCUGCUCUCUUGGCCCUUCGGCUCUCUAAUGUGCCGCGUGGUCAUGACAGUGGACGCCAUCAACCAGUUCACCAGCAUCUUCUGCCUGACCGUGAUGUCAGUGGACCGUUACCUGGCCGUGGUGCAUCCCAUCCGCUCCUUCUGGUGGCGGCGCCCCCGUGUGGCCAAAGCCAUCAGUGCCACAGUUUGGGCGGGGUCCUUCGUGGUGGUACUGCCGGUGGUGGUGUUCGCCGACGUGCUGAAGGACGAUGGGAACUGCAGCAUUGUGUGGCCCGAGCCGGCAGAAGUGUGGAAAACGUCUUUCAUCGUGUAUACGUGCACCGUGGGCUUCUUCUGCCCCCUGCUGGUCAUCUGCUUGUGCUACCUGCUGAUCGUCAUCAAGGUGCGCAGUGUUGGAAAACGGGCCCAGGCCACCUCUUCUAGACGCAGGAAGUCGGAACGUAAAAUCACCAGGAUGGUGGUGGUGGUGGUGGCAGUGUUUGUGCUCUGCUGGCUGCCGUUCUACGCUCUGAAUAUCGUCAACCUCCUGGUGAUCCUGCCCGGGGACUUCAGGGGGCUCUACUUUUUUGUCGUCGUGCUGUCGUAUGCAAACAGCUGUGCCAACCCCAUACUGUAUGGAUUUCUGUCCGACAACUUCAAGAGAGGCUUCAGGAAGGCCCUGUGUGGAAAUUCACGCAGGGUCAGGAACAACGACAGGGCCGGCACCGAGGCACAACGGCCAACAGAGGAGUGGGGUGGCUUCGUGGUGCAAGCGCAAAAAAGUGAAGGAGUGGUCAAUACGCAGAGGGACGACUGCGGCGAAAAAGAAGAAGAAGAGGAAAUCAACGGAACAGGAGGGGCCAUACAGAUGACUGAAAUAUGCAAAACGUCGCAAAAUGGAAACGACGGUAGAGUAACGGAGAGUUCAAGGACACAGAGAGGUAAACCUGAGCUGGAGCACUCAGAUCAGAGUAUCAGAGAUGAAGAACUGGCUGAGAAAAGCUCUGAUCCUGCUGAGGUAGCGUCAUCUGUGGUCAGUAAAAUAAGAAACAGCAGGUCUCAACCUGAAGAAUGCCAGGAUAAUUACUCAGUGCUUGAAAUCAGCUAUCUGUAACAGCUGAAUGGAUUUGGUAAAUGGCAUUUAAAGAAUGAAAAACCUGUAAAUAUUACAAACAGUUAUAGAUUACAGUAUUAGAUCAUGUGGACUGUUUUAAAAUGUGAAAAUCUUUGAAGUUGUGGUCCAAUCCUUUUUUUUUCUGACUGGAAUUUGCCAAUCUCAAUUUCUGCCAUGGUGCGAGAAUGUAAAAAUAAUCAGCAGGCAGGAUGUGAACUAUUUCACACCAAACCUGAAAGGUAGGAAGAACAAAUUUAAAUACGUUCAACACUGGCUACAGGUGUUGUGAAGUACUUUGAGCAGGUAUUGUUACAAGUCUAUGAACAUGAAAAAUCGCUUGGAUGGUCAAGAUCAUUAUUCCCAUUUUAUCCGUUUUUUCUGACUUUUUUCUCACUGUUCUUGAGCAUAGAACUGUUUUGCCAACUGGUGUCCCUUAAAAAAGUGACAAAAGCCCAGCUGUUACACCAAGAAGGUCAUCAACUGAUGUAACCUUGUAUAUUUGGGUGGUGAGGGCUUCACUCGCUUAAACUGUGUAUUCUACUACAUCAAAGACCAUAUUUUUCUAUCUCUAUUUAUUUAUUGCUGUCAUGUUUCUUUGUUUUGUUUUUAAUCUGGAACAUAUUAUUCUGAACUGGCUAAUGCACUGUAUGAAUCAUAUCCCAGUGGGAGGUGUUUACUUUCUAAUUUGACUAAAACAGCACCAAAAAGAUAAAUUGUCGUGUUUUCAAAAACAUA